AUUAAAACAGAGAAUAAAAAGACAGGGAUACCCCCAGGUAUCUGCUGUGGUGGCCAAAAUACAAACAUACAGCACUACAGACUCGAAUAUUGAAGAACAAAAUAAAUCAAAAAGCCCAAAUAGCUCGAAAGGGAUAUAGUAGUCCGAGAUGAAGGAAGAGAAGACGAAGAGCAAAGAGACAAAUGAAAAGGAAAAGAAACACAGACUAAAAAAAGAGAAGAGGGGACUACACACGGUUGCUUCUGCCCUACAUCUUUGGCGGCAACAACACUCCGCGACUUCUGCCCUACAGCUUUUUUUAAAAACUUUUUUAACCCCACCACCCCUCAGCUUGGGUUGUGUUUUCUGCCUUUUAGCUUCAUUAGCAGCAACACGACGAACUUCUGCCUCACCGCUAGUUUAACGCCACCACCCCGCUGCGUGGGGGGCUUACCCUCCCCUUGAGUCCCCGUGUUUCUCAUCUCGUUUCUCCUCGCCGUCCGUUCUCCCUCUCUUGGGCGGGUGUGGUCUGUCAUUCGAUUGCGUCCCUCUCCCGCUUCAAUCGACGGGUCUCUUUGUUUGUCUCCAUGUCCUUUGUGCCACUCGUCCAUGAACCAUUCCACCCCACCUCGAUCCUGUCGUACCUUAGUGUCCAGCAGCGUCCAAGAGUCUGUGCCACAACCAACCCUCUCUGUUUUAAAGUGAAAAACAAAAAAAAAGUGCUUUCGAAAUGCAUGUCACACUCACACCGACUGUGUGCGUUCCGACAUCUGCUCUCGUAAAAAACAAGUUGAUGGAAAAGACUGUUCACACCCGCCGCGCCCAGGGAAACUUCUCCGCGGGUAAUAAGGAAGUUUCUUGUACACCCCUUCAACUUCACGAGCAGAUGUCGCGAACGCACAUACAAACACAGGCUCAAGACGUACUGUUGACAAGAUUGCCGAGGACAGGGGAAACAGGGAGGGACUAGCCUGGACAUCAGAAACAGCAGAGUUCACUCCCGGCCGCAUUGCUUGUCAACCUUCUCUGUGCCGAAAGCCGAAAGUGAACCUCGACCUCAUCACAUGUCCACCUUUCAUGCCCAACGCAGAGUCAAACGAAGGGUUUCAAUGCUUGGUCGUUCGAGAACCCCAACCAUACUACCGACACACCGCGUACAAUCUGUGGGGAAGGGGGGAGUUUUUUGAAUUGCAUCAUACGUGGUAGUAAACCUUAGCCUACUUGUUAAAUAGAAAUCACGCCUCUUCUCCGUACUGACAACUGACGCGCACGCCUUCCGUGGUCAAAGGGCUAACUGUACCCCCGAAAAAGGUACAGACUACGUCAAAGGAGAUACUAUAAUCCGCAAGAUUUCCCUUGAGAGUUGUGGUGAAAUAACCAGACACCAAAUUAUAUGAGUGGGGUGACCCAAGAGCACAGAAAUAUGACGUGGUAUCUUUGUCGCGGGCGCAAAGCAGAAAUAAUAAAAGAAGCUUUGCUUUUGAUACAGUAGUCUAGGUUCAAUCCCACUCGUACGGAUCGGAUGUAGUUGAGCUGGCUGUAGCUGUGCUUGCUGACGUUCCUGCCAGCAGCGAAUCCGCCGGCACCACCACCGCGAUUACCGAAACCACCACCGGCACCCUUAACGAAACUGAAACCAGUUUUCAUUCUUCACCGCACCGGUCCGUUCUAUGCCGAGAGGUCGCACAGGUGUGAGCGCGAGAGCGCCGAGAACUCUCUGGUCUCUGGGUUCGUCCGCGAAAGUUGACGUCAGUUUUUCCACUUUUCGCGAAAAGUGAGCAGAUAUGCUUGGGGUUCUUUUUCUGCGGGGGGCGCGCGCCAUUUGAUGUGUGUGAGGCUCCGUUGUUGUAUGGCGUGGUCUCAUACUGUCAUCACUUUCGGCACGCGAGCUUGAAAAAUGGGUGCUUCCGCUCCCACUGUUGUCCGAUUAGUGCUCAACACCUUUGCCGUGUUGUGCUUACCUAAAUUGCCCAGGAGCUUUAUAUCUCUACGCGCGUUCUCGCAAGACCCAGCAGUAGACUCUGAAAGAAUACACCUGCGAGCGUCCUAAAUGCGCUGUGGGUUGUUCUAAAUCAGCUUGAGAUUCGCACGGCUUUUGUAAGUUUUCAAAUGUGAAUGUUGGACUCAUCGUUCAAACAUUCGUGUUGUUUUGCAAUGUUUUUCUCGGCGAACUCUUGAAACCAAGAAUGUGGAGGUCUCACCGUCCAACGCAUACAUGACUGCGGCCUACUUUGGGCACGGCUGCUCAUGAAAAACAAACCAUGGGGGUCUUCCCGUCCAAAGCAAUGUAUCCCGAAAGUCAUAACUUGCCAGUGUGACACGACCAUUCCAAGUGGUGAUAUCCAGGGUCGGUCGAAGCAGCGGCCUAAAAUCUCCGCAAACUUGACCCCUAUCCAGUGUCUUCCACUGCUGUGCUCGUUGCCACGGAACCCCAUCUCCUGAACUGCGGGUCUACAGGAGAUUGGAGUUCGUGGCGGCGAGCACAGCCGCUACAAACGUUUGGUUCCGGCCCAGAUUGCGGACUGUUUGAUCGACUAGUGCGACCUUCGAUAUCUCAGCUCCAGGAGCAGGUUUGAGCGCACCAACACACACACAAACACGUCGCUGCUACAGAGUGUCCUCUACUGAUAUCAUGCUUAAGGUUGGCACUCCGCAAAGUGGAAGACCCUUUUUGAGAGCCCGACUUGACUUGAAUUUCGAGUGUCGGAAAAUUUUCUGUUGUUUUCAAAGAGGGCGUGUGGAGGUAGCCUGUAAAACAUAUAUUUAGAGAGAGCCCUCCACUGCCGCCCUGUGCGAGAACCAAUAUAUUUUUUCGUGCCCCAAUGCUUUCCAACUGGUCUUGUGUAUCUCGUGUGUGCUUGUUGUUCGCUCUUUCGAUCUUUGUCAAUGUCAGUCAACGUCAAAAUCGGUUUUUCUGCACACCCUUAAGCUACAAGUGAUCGGGCAAGUGUAUUUGUGGAAGAUGUGUGUGUGCUUCCAUCUAUUCUCGCGCCAGUCUACACCUUUCGGUAUAUGUUGGGCGUAUCAGCCGGGGUCACACAGGAAGGUCACACAGGAGCUUUUUAUUUUCCGUUUGUUUUAUUGCCCCACCUCCUGAUUUUUAACGCGAGAAUGGUUCAGCAAUCCCCUCCCUUUUUUACGGUAUUCAUGAACAAAUCGCGUUCCACUGCAAAGUUGAGAAAAUAUCACUCCCACUGGGAUUUGAACUCCCAUCCUUGCUGCUAGUAGAUUUACGAGGUUAAACUAGACCACCGGGCCGACGAAAGAAAUUCGAAUGUGACGAAAUGGGCGAUUUGCUGGUGGUGCACGUAAAAAAUAUAAAAGGACGAAGAGUUCUUCUGCGUACGUUGGUCACCUGUUGUCCGCAUUUGAUUCGAUAUAACUCCACAAUCUCGACGGGGCUUUACGUCCGGUUUUUUGCAAUGGAUAUGCAGGCAAAUAGAGGACCACCCACAUCAACAGCGCAUCGACUCCUGGCCCCAAUUUUUUCUCUCUGUAAAUUUUGGUUACCAGCAACGUUCAGACAUACAUGAUGAGAUGCUGAGAGAGGUGGUUGCUGUAUGCAUACAAAAGCAGCAGUAGUAUGCCUCGCAAGGUACGGUGUGUGUGUCGAACUGACGCUUCCUCUUGUGGCAGCCUCUGGUGGUGCCUGCUACUUACCGCUUUGCUAGCGGCUACCCGAGACGCCUUGCUGCUGGCUACAAUACUGCACGACGGCUAACUGCCUCUUAACUACUGUGCAGCUGCAUUGUGUAUGCUGCGUGUGCUGUGUCCUGUGUAACGGCUCGGU